AGAUUUAAAACUCGCUCUCGCUAGCUCCUGGUCUCUCUAUCUCGCUCUCGCUGUGGCUUUCGCCACCAGGCUUUCUUGGCGCUCAGUUCGACGAUUCAAACAUCACCACAACGUCGCAUUUGAGACUCCCAACACCAUAAAGAAAGAUCAGUCUUCGCAGAGUGUGGUCGAUCUUUCCUAUUUCCGAUGAUGGCGUCUGGUUCGCCUCGAGCACGCAUCGAUAAGUUUUUUGCUUCGAAGAAGAGGAAAACCCAAUCACCUGGUUUGAAGACGGGGAGACUUGAAAAGAAUGAAAAAACAACAGUGGAAUGUUCUCCUAGUGCCAAAGGCACUUUGAACAGUUACAUAAGAACGUCACAAGAUAAUGAAAUCGUACACCCUUCAUGUACAACUCGUGGGAAAGAUCCUAUUAAAAUGAACUUGGCAUCGGAGAUUGAUAAAUCUUUCAAACAUGAAAAUGAACACUCCUUGUUAUUGGCAGAAACGAAGUCUCAAGCCUUUGAAGAGACUCAUAAGGGAAUAUCUAUGGGUUUGUCUGAGGCAGGAAAUGCUGCCUUUGGAGAUCAUGCUGAGGGUGCUCAAAUCGGGGAAAAUCCAGAAUUAAAAAAGUUUGCUACUGAUUUUUUGUCUUUGUAUUGUAGUGAAGUUCCAGUAAAUGUUGAUUCACCAUCAGAGACGAAGGUGAAUAAUUUAAAGAGACAUGGUGGUCCAUCUAUGUUGAGUGAGGAGGAUAAAAGAUUCAAGAAAAGGCAUCUGAUAGCCCAGCAGAUACAAACAGUAGAUAUUGCUGUUUGUUCUACUAACACGAAUCUUGAAUAUGAAACUGAAGAAUUCCUUUGCAACCCUUCUCAAGAUGUAAACACUAGUAGCAAUCCAUUUGAGCUUCAAGCAGGCUUAAGAAAGUGCAAUACAGCAACCAAAUCUGUCCUACAUACAAUGGAAUGCCAUACACCUGGUUCAUCAGUUAUUAAAGGAUGUUCUCAUAGGACACCACAGUCAAUGCGAGGAAGUUCUAUGUUUUCUCCAGGGGAAGCUUUCUGGAAUGAAGCUAUUGAAAUUGCUGAUGGUUUGUUUUCUCAAAGUGAUAUUUUAUCUGCUCGAGUUGCCGAAGGAAUUAAUAAUCCGGAGAGCCAAUACGAGGUAAAGAAUACAGGCAACUUAGGAAAUACAAAUGUUGGUUACAAGUCAAAGGAAAUUUCAGAUGAAUGUGAGAGCAGAGUCAAACUUCAGGGAAUCAGUGCUUCUUUGGAGUCAGCAGUGAAGCAGAAGAAAGAGAUAGAUAAAGAAGUGUCUCUGCUGCCUGUCAAGCAUCUCGACUUUUCAUUUGAGGACAAAAACUUGGAUGGAGGUAUUUGCCAUGUAUUAGAAAAGGACAGUCAAGAGGCUGAAGGCAGUAUUAUCAAUCAUAUAUUGCCACCAACUGUUAAUAAACUGAUAGAUCAUGCUGAACUACAGAAAACUGAAGAGGGAGGAAAACUGGAACAGGCAUCUAUUCAUGUGGUGCCCAAAGUGGAAGUUAAUUUAUCAAGUCAAGAUAAUGAUAGCAUAACUUCCAUGUCACCAGCUAAUGCAGCAAAGAAGUCAAUUGGUACUGAUGAAGGCAAUGAAUCCAGUACUCCAUUAAGUUCUGUGGCGCUUAAAGACAAGCUAAGUAUCAGCAGUUGGCUUCCUUUAGAGAUAUGCAAAAUAUAUAAAAAGAAAGGAAUUGAACAACUCUACCCAUGGCAGGUUGACUGCCUUCAGGUAGAUGGUGUACUGCAGAGAAGAAAUCUUGUAUAUUGUGCAUCUACAAGCGCUGGGAAAAGCUUUGUCGCAGAAAUUUUGAUGUUGCGGCGGUUGAUAUUAACAAGAAAAGCAGCAUUACUCGUGCUUCCUUAUGUUUCAAUCUGCGUAGAAAAGGCAGAACAUCUGGAGGUCCUUCUUGAACCACUUGGAAAACAAGUUCGUAGUUAUUAUGGAAAUCAGGGUGGUGGCACACUUCCUAAAGAUACUUCUGUAGCUGUUUGUACAAUAGAGAAGGCAAAUUCUUUAGUUAACAGAUUGCUGGAAGAGGGUCGUCUGUCAGAAAUCGGAAUUAUUGUGAUAGAUGAACUGCACAUGGUUGGUGAUCAGAGUAGGGGUUAUCUUCUGGAACUUCUGUUGACAAAACUUCGUUAUGCAGCUGGUGAAGGCACGCCAGAAUCAAGUAGUGGAGAAAGUUCAGGUUCCAGUAGUGGUAAGGCUGAUCCAGCUCAUGGUUUACAAAUUGUAGGGAUGAGUGCAACGAUGCCAAAUGUGGAAGCUGUUGCUGAUUGGCUUCAAGCAGCUCUGUACCAGACAAAUUUUCGACCAGUUCCAUUGGAGGAGUUUAUUAAAGUUGGCAAUACCAUUUAUGACAAGAAUUUGGAUCUUGUUAGAACAAUUCCAAAGGCAGUUGACCUUGGCGGUAAAGAUCCUGAUCAUGUUGUUGAACUGUGCAACGAGGUUGUUCAAGAGGGCCAGUCAGUGUUGAUAUUUUGUUCUACUAGGAAAGGAUGUGAAUCAACUGCAAAGCAUGUGGCAAAAUUUCUCAAGAAAUUCUCCGUCACUGCCCAUGGUGAUAACAGUGAGUUUAUUGAUAUUACUUCAGCAAUAGAUGCCUUGCGAAGGUGUCCUGCUGGGUUGGAUCCAGUAUUGGAAGAAACUCUUCCUUCUGGUGUUGCAUAUCACCAUGCAGGUCUCACGGUUGAGGAAAGAGAGGUUAUUGAAACCUGCUAUCGUAGAGGGUUUGUUCGUGUCUUAACUGCUACAUCUACCUUAGCUGCUGGUGUCAACUUACCUGCCAGGAGAGUAAUUUUUCGACAACCCCGAAUUGGCCGUGAUUUUAUUGAUGGGACUAGAUACAAACAGAUGGCUGGUCGGGCUGGUCGGACUGGUAUUGAUACAAAAGGAGAAAGUGUGCUUAUUUGCAAGACAGAAGAGAUCAAAAGAAUUAAAGGACUUCUAAAUGAAAGCUGCCCACCAUUGCAGUCUUGUUUAUCAGAAGAUAAGAAUGGAAUGACUCAUGCAAUUCUAGAAGUUGUGGCUGGUGGAAUGGUUCAAACUGCUAAUGAUAUUAACCGCUAUGUUAGAUGUACUCUUCUCAAUUCUACAAAACCAUUUCAAGAGGUUGUAAAAUCAGCUCAGGAAUCUCUUCGGUGGCUGUGUCAUAGAAAAUUUCUUGAAUGGAAUGAUGAGACCAAGUUAUAUGGUACUACUCCCCUAGGACGUGCAGCCUUUGGCAGUUCCCUUUGCCCAGAGGAGUCGCUGAUUGUACUGGAUGAUCUUUCAAGGGCUAGAGAAGGCUUUGUGCUUGCAUCUGAUUUGCAUUUAGUUUAUCUAGUAACACCAAUCAAUGUUGAAGUUGAGCCAGAUUGGGAGUUGUACUAUGAACGCUUCAUGGAGUUGUCUGCUCUUGAGCAGUCUGUUGGUUAUCGAGUUGGAGUAACAGAACCAUUUUUAAUGCGCAUGGCUCAUGGUGUACCUAUCUCCAAAUCAAAUGGAUUAAGAGAUAGCCUGAAGAGGUUACCUGCACAGUUUGGAAAUCAACCUGGGAUCAACAACAGCACUAUGCUUUCAGACGAGCAAACACUUCGAGUGUGCAAACGGUUUUAUGUUGCCCUCAUAUUGUCAAGAUUAGUGCAGGAAGCUCCAGUAGGUGAGGUUUGUGAAGCUUUUCGAGUGGCAAAAGGCAUGGUGCAAGCCUUACAAGAGAAUGCUGGAAGGUUUGCAUCGAUGGUUUCCGUGUUCUGUGAGAGACUAGGAUGGCAUGAUCUAGAAGACUUGGUAGCAAAGUUUCAAAAUCGUGUUUCUUUCGGAGUCAGAGCAGAGAUUGUAGAGCUUACUACUAUUCCAUACGUUAAGGGGUCACGGGCUAGAGCACUUUAUAAAGCUGGUUUGCGUACACCUUUAGCAAUUGCAGAGGCAUCUAUUCCUGAGAUUGUUAAAGCUCUUUUUGAAUCCUCCUCGUGGGUUGCACAAGAAAGCUUAGCACAGCGACGCAUGCAGUUUGGCGUGGCAAAGAAGAUCAAGAAUGGUGCACGCAAAAUUGUCCUAGAUAAAGCUGAAGAAGCCAGGGCCGCUGCCUUCUCAGCUUUCAAAUCACUUGGCUAUAGUGUCCCACAAUUUUCUCGACCUUUGAUAUUGAGUGGAAGUCCAGGAGGAGAGGAAGCUGCAAGUACCGGUGCUGGGGAUGGCUCUCCUUGCAAUGUUAUUGGGGUUGAGCAAAUCCACACGUCAGCCAUGCCACUGAUGGAAACUGGCAAGAAUUUGGAGAAAGUUUCUUCACCUAAUGAAGGAAUAAUGCUGACAAAAGCCUCAGCUGAUAACUUAGUGGCUUCAGCAGAAGUAAACAUAGACACUACCUUGCAGAGCAACUUAGGUUUGGAAAAUCCUGCAGCUGUAACUGGUGACAAGGUCAAUGCUGUCGUUGAACAAGGCAGAAGUAUAAAGAUGGCAACUGUUAGUGAAUAUCUGGAUCAAGGAAUGCAGGAUAGGCUCAAUGAAGAUCUCUCUGUUGGCAAUGCAGAUAGUGCUUGUGGGAAAGGUCCUCUCAAUGCAGUUAAUGCACCAGGUGGAUUUGAUUCUUUCCUGGAGCUGUGGGAAACUGCUCCGGAAUUCUGUUUUGACGUUCACUUCAACAGACGAUCAGAAGCAAAUUCUGUUGCUCCCUUUGAGAUACAUGGCAUAGCAAUCUGUUGGGAAAAUUCUCCCGUGUACUAUGUAAAAUUGCCCAAGGAUUUACUAUGGUUGGAUAAUAGAAAAAACAAUUUCUUAUCAACAAGUGCCUCUAGUGGUAAAUGCAACAGCCUACCCCCAGAGCAUAUGUUGGAGAUGGCUAAAUUGAGAUGGAAGAGAAUUGGUGAUAUAAUGGGAAAAAAUGGUGUCCACAAACUUACAUGGAACUUAAAAGUGCAAAUUCAAGUGCUUAAAAGUUCUGCCAUUUCUAUUCAGAGAUUUUCUGGCAUGCAUCUUGGAGGGAAAGAUAUGGGUCUGGAAAUUAUUGACAACUCAUGCUUGUUAUUACCACCAGUUCUGAUUAAUGAUGGAUUUGAUAUGUGCAUCGCAGCAUGGAUUCUUUGGCCUGAUGAGGAGAGAAGCUCUAGACCCAACCUAGAGAAUGAAGUAAAGAAAAGGCUAUCCAGUGAGGCAGCUGCAGCUGCUAAUCAGAGUGGCAGGUGGAAGAAUCAGAUGCGGAGAGCUUCACAUAAUGGUUGCUGCCAUAGAGUUGCUCAAACACGUGCCUUAUAUUCUGCAUUUUGGAAGCUACUCAUCUCUGAAAAACUUAUUGAUGUGUUUUCAUAUAUUGAAACACCAUUGGUUAGGGUCCUUGCUGAGAUGGAGCUUUGGGGAAUAGGCAUCAACAUGGAGGGAUGCCUCUGGGCACGAAACCUGUUGGGUGAAAAACUAAGAUAUCUUGAGAAGGAAGCUUAUAAGUUGGCUGGCAUGAAAUUUUCAUUGAGCACAGCUGCUGAUAUUGCAAAUGUUCUGUAUGGGCAUUUGAAGUUGCCUGUGCCAGAGGGGCGAAAUAAAGGAAAGCAGCAUCCAAGCACUGACAAGCACUGCUUGGAUCUACUGAGGGAUGAGCAUCCAAUUGUUCCAGUCAUUAAAGAGCAUAGAACGUUGGCAAAGCUCUUAAACUGUACGUUGGGAUCCAUUUGUUCACUUGCUAGGUUGUCUCGGAGUACAAACAAAUACACAUUACAUGGUCGUUGGCUCCAAACAUCGACCGCAACUGGUCGUCUUUCAAUGGAGGAACCGAACCUUCAGUGUGUUGAGCAUAUGGUUGAGUUCAGUCUGAGCAAAGAUAAAAAUGGAAGUGAUGCCAAUACGGAUCACUAUAAGAUUAAUGUCCGUGACUUUUUUAUUCCUACUCAGGAUAACUGGUUACUAUUAACAGCAGACUAUUCUCAAAUAGAGCUGCGGUUGAUGGCCCAUUUCUCCAAUGACUCUGCUUUAAUUAAACUCCUUAGUAAGCCACAAGGUGAUGUUUUUACCAUGAUGUCAGCACUAUGGACUGGGAGGGCAGAAGAUUCUGUCAGCUCCAAUGAGCGAGACCAAACGAAAAGGUUAAUCUAUGGAAUUCUUUAUGGAAUGGGUGCUGACACACUUGCUGAACAACUAAACUGCACCCCAGAUGAAGCUAAAGAAAAAAUUAAAAGCUUUAAAAGCUCUUUUCCCGAUGUUGCGUCCUGGCUUCGUGAAGCCGUGGCAUCUUGUCGUCAAAAGGGAUAUAUAGAAACCCUCAAGGGAAGAAAGCGCUUCUUGUCGAAAAUAAAAAUUGGAAACAGCGAAGAAAAAUCAAAAGCUCAAAGGCAAGCUGUGAAUUCUAUUUGUCAGGGAUCCGCUGCUGACAUAAUCAAAAUAGCAAUGAUAAAAUUGCAUUCCGUCAUCGUUGAAGGGGUUGACAGCCUAGAAUCUGGUUCUUCAAUUUUGACCAAGUUUCACAUGCUUAAAGGCCGCUGCCGAAUCCUUUUGCAGGUGCAUGAUGAAUUAGUGCUGGAAGUUGAUCCUUCAGUGAUAGAUGAAGCUGCAUUGCUGCUGCGAAUGAGCAUGGAAAAUGCCGUCUCCCUUCUAGUUCCUUUGCGUGUUAAGCUGAAUGUUGGAAAGACAUGGGGUUCUUUGAAGCCUUUCCAGGCUGAUCAACAAAUGGAGGAAGCUAUAUCAAAUGUUUAGAUCAGUAGGAGAUAUCCGGUUCUCUACUUCGAAUUGCAGUUAUAUCAAAUAUGAAUGGAAUAUGAUCAAGAUUUUAACUUGCUGGAGAUCUUCUGAUUCCGAUGUCUUCGAUUACAGGUUUAAGGAAAAUAUCUCUUAAAAGGGAAUUUUGGUUGAGUGGGGGUGCAAAUGGCAUAUAGGAAUGGUUACUGGCUCAACUUUAAGGACUUGGAAAGCCAAAUUCUAUGGGAUCGAUGAUGCAUAUGGUGACAGAUUGCUACUGCUUUGGCUUUUGCCAAAGGAACCAUGUAAGCGCUGGUUGUUUCUGAGUUGUGGUUGUGGCAUAGGAGACAACUUAUGCAUAAUUCUGCUUAUGGCACACUAUAGAGAUUUCACCUGCCAUGCUCUGCACCCUUAUCUGCUAUCAUCUACUUUUUGCGUCGGGUUUAUUUUUCUACCUUGGUAGAGAUCGUGUGAACCUUUCCCGAGCUUGGAAGUAGUAAAUCAUGUACUCUAGUGACGUUGCACAAUAUUUGUCCUCUCCUUGAUUGUGUUCUUCAUCAUCUCAGCUUCCAUUGAUCCAGGUUUCACUGAAAAUUUGUUCAAAUUUUUGGAAACUUUUGGGAAUGUGGCAAGGCAGAGAAGUUGAUAUUAUGUAUUUUCAGUGAAAUCAAAUCAUUGCUGCUCCGGAAUGCAUGCCAUUUUUCCAGAUUGAGAACAACUAUAUCUGGAUCAUCAAAGACUUGAGAUUUUGGGUCGCUCCGUGAUUGUAAAGAAAGGUUUCUGCUUCACCUUUGCCUCCAACUUUAAACAGUCAUGUCACACAAGGCAGCUCCUUUGCCUCCGGGGAUCACGUCAGUGUCACCUCUGGCUUUCAUUACCUGUUUUCACAUGAGCUACACGGUUCCCAUUGUUCAUAGAAGCGUCCCCAGGUUUAUCUUUUCCUAUGUCGACAUUUCAAAUCAAUCCUCUCUAAAUGGAGGGGUGGUUUGAACAAUAGAGGUGAGGUAGGUCAAGGUGGGUUUUUUCUUCUUCUUAAAAGGUAUAUCAAAGUAAUUUUGAUAUUUGUACGGUUUGCUCUACCUGUAUUUAUAUGUUCUUUUAAAAAGAUAAUAAAGUAACAAUUCAUUAUACAAUCUGAAAGUAAAAUAUAUAUUGAAAUGGA